GUAGAAAGACCUAUCGAAAACAACAUGGCGACUUACUGAGGAGCCACGCUGGUACACGAACUGGAUAAAUAAAACAAGUUCCCUGCUAAUCGACAAUUCAUUCUUCGACAUCAUGUCUGGUCGAAAUAAUAACAAAUUACCAACAAAUCUGCCGCAACUGCAGAAUCUUAUAAAAAGAGAUCCACAGUCAUACACAGAAGAGUUCUUACAACAGUAUCGACACUACCAGUCAAAUGUCCAGAUCUUCAAACAUCAGCCAGAUAAAGCCAACAAGGAGCUGGCGGACCUAUCAAUGUUCCUCGCUCAGGUUGCACAUUGCUAUAAGGAACAGUUGGCUACUUUCCCUCAGGACUUGACAGAGCUACUCUUAAGUCAUCAUACAGUCUUGGAAUCUGAUCUGCGAAUGACUUUCUGCAAAGCCUUGAUCUUACUGAGGAACAAAGACUUGAUCAAUCCCACUAGUCUCCUGGAACUGUUCUUUGAGCUGCUGCGCUGUCAUGAUAAACUUCUGAGAAAGACAUUGUACACACACAUUGUGACGGAUAUCAAGAACAUCAAUGCCAAGCACAAGAACAACAAAUUGAACACAACUCUGCAGAACUUCAUGUACAGUAUGCUGAGAGACAGUAACCCCAUUGCUGCUAAGAUAUCUCUGGAUGUGAUGACCGAGCUCUACAAAAGAAAUAUAUGGAAUGAUGCCAAAACUGUUAAUGUCAUCACAACAGCCUGUUUCUCCAAAGUCACAAAGAUCUGUGUUGGUGGACUAAAGUUCUUUUUGGGUAAAGAUGAAGAUGAGAAGAAGGACAGCGAAUCUGAAUCCGAGAAUGAGGGACCAACAGCAAGAGACCUCAUGAUUCGGUACCACACAGGAAGGAAAACAUCGAAAAACAAGAAGAAGAUGGAGAAAUCAAUGAAAGUUCUCAAGCAACAUAAAAAGAAAAAACGAGUGGAAGUCUUCAAUUUCUCAGCUAUCCACCUCAUCCAUGACCCUCAAGAUUUUUCAGAGAAACUUCUCAAACAGCUGGAAGCCUCCAAGGAGCGCUUUGAGGUUAAGAUCAUGAUGAUGGAACUGCUAUCCAGACUAGUGGGAAUUCAUGAGCUUCUACUCCUCAACUAUUAUCCAUUUCUCCAGCGCUUUCUACAGCCUCACCAGAGAGAGGUGACAAAGAUCCUGUUGUGUGCAGCACAGUCAGCCCACCAGCUGGUGCCUCCUGAGGUCAUGGAGUCAGUGGUCAUGACCAUUGCCAACAACUUUGUCACAGACCGAAAUUCAGGCGAAGUCAUGACCGUAGGCAUUAAUGCCAUCAGGGAGGUGGUGGCCCGCUGUCCCCUGGCCAUGAAUGAGGACCUGCUCCAGGACCUGACUAUGUACAGAUCACACAAAGACAAGAAUGUGGUCAUGUCAGCUAAGGGUUUGAUUCAACUCUUCAGAAGUCUGAAUCCACACAUGCUUCACCGGAAAGAUCGGGGGAAACCCACAGAAUCGUCCUCUGAGGCCCACAUACAGAAUUAUGGUGAAAUGGGGGCAAAGGAUUACAUUCCGGGUGCAGAGGUUCUGGAUGAGGAGAAUAAGGAGGGAGACGGGGAGGAUGCGUGGGCAGGGUGGGAAAGUGCAAGUGAGGAGGACGGAGAUGACGAUGGAGAAUGGGUGGAUGUCCAUCACUCAUCAGAUGAAGGACAAGCUGAGAUGGCGGAAAAGCUCCAGACUAUUCCAUUAGAGGACAGAAAGGCCAAAGCAACAGCAGUCAGCGGCAGCCGACUCCUCACACAGGAGGACUUCAAGAAGAUCCGUCUGGCACAGAUGGCCAAGGAGCUCAACGCUGCUCCUGGCAAAGGCCAGAAGAGGAAGAUUGUGGAGAUUGAUGAAGAAGAAGAGGGAAGUGGGGAGUUGAUCUCAAUAAAAGCCAUUGAAAAGCUGCAUAAGAAACCUAAAGAUGACAAGGAACAACGACUAGCCGGAGCUAUGGCUGGCCGAACUGAGAAAAAAGAUUUUCUGAAGAAAAGGACCAAGCUGAAUCCAUUUGCUAGCACUAGCAACAAGGAGAAGAAAAGGUCUAAGAACUUCAUGAUGAUGAGGCACAGUCAGAAUGUUCGAACCAAGGGCAAACGGUCCUUCAGAGACAAACAAAUUGCCCUGAGAGAUUCACUGCUGAAGAAACGAAAAUACAAGUAACUGUCAACACAUCAGCCAGCAGUCUUCUCUUGUGCAUCAUGUUGAAUGGCCUGUCCUCCGUACAUCUGAUUGAGAGAGAGAUGUUCCUUUAUUCCUGCGUACGUUGGCGUUGAUAGUAAUCUGUACAGAUAUGUCACAUACCGCCAUUAAAAUCAUUUUAGCCUACUCUGUAUUUUGUUGUUGUUACCCACUUGUGAUUUAAAGAUGUCCAAUGUAUUAGUUCAGAUUUAGAGUUCAGAUACAGAUAAAGAUGUAUCCAUACUUUUUACGCUAAGGCAAUUUUAUUUAUAUAGCACAUUUCAAUUACAUAAGGCAAUUCAAUGUGUCUUACAUAAAUUAGAGCAGAAGGAACAUCCAAAGCAAAGUCAGGAGUAAAGAGAUUAAAAUAUUAUUAAAAGGUGGUAAAGAAGAUAAUUAACAGAACAUACAAAGUCAAUAAAAUAGAAUAA